UUUCAACUAUCUCCAAACUAGCUCUGGGCUCUCUGCUCCAACACAAGCCUAACACCUCCCCCACCUUCGUCUCUUGCAUGCUCCCUAACAAGAAAUGGACCCUUCUGAAACCCAAGAUCUCGACUCCCGCGGCCAAGCGAAUCCUCCCCUUAUCAUUCUUUGGAAGGAUGAUGAGGCGGCCGGCCACCCGCUAGGCCUAAUUUUUGAGCCCUUCCGAUGGAUUCGGAUGCUGUGCCGAGAACUGAACGCGAGCUUUGUGUUUGGGGUGGCGUUGGUUUAUGGCCUGAGCCAAGGCUUCGCCUGGUCUUUCCUUCGGGUGGCCGCCGACUACUACUGGAAGGAUGUUCAAAAGGUUCAGCCUUCUAUGGUUCAGAUGUUCACCGGCUUGUAUUACAUCCCUUGGGUUAUGAAGCCUGUAUGGGGAGUCCUCACCGACGUCGUCCCGGUCCUCGGCUACCGCCGCCGGCCAUACUUUAUUCUUGCAGGCAUAUUGGGGGUUGCCACGACAUUUGUCGUUUCGACAUUUGGAAGACUACCUAUCAUACUGGCCUUGUUAUGCCUCAUUGGAAUGAUGGCGUCGAUUGCCAUUGCUGAUGUUACAAUUGAUGCCUGCAUUGCAAGAAAUAGCAUCGAACGGCCAGCACUAGCCCCUGAUAUGCAAAGCCUAUGUGGGUUCUUAUCCUCCCUGGGUGCGCUGAUUGGCUUCUCCACUAGUGGUUUCUUUGUUCACCAUCUUGGAGCUCAGGGAGCUCUGGGGCUCAUGGUGAUACCUCCGGUCUCUUUGAUUUUGCUGGGAUUCGUAAUAUUUGAGCUGAGAACAAAUCGUUGGUCAGAGAAGCAAAAGGUGUGGGAGAAGGUGGGGGGAGCGAUCAGAGCGAUGGGGAAGACGAUACAGUGUCCGAUGGUGUGGAAGCCAUCGCUGUACAUGUACUUGUCGCUGGCCCUUAGUAUCAGCACCCAUGAGGGGCAUUUCUAUUGGUACACCGACCAGAAAGCUGGUCCAGCCUUCUCUCAGCAAUUUGUUGGUGUGAUCUAUGCCAUUGGUGCAAUGGCUUCCAUGGCUGGGGUCCUCAUCUAUCACAAACUACUGAAAGACUACCAGUUCAGAAGCCUGCUCUUCUAUGCUCAACUCCUUUAUGCUGUCUCGGGAAUGCUUGACCUCAUCUUUGUUCUUCGCUGGAAUCUAAAACUUGGAAUACCUGACUACUUCUUUGUAAUCCUUGAGGAGUGCAGCGUUCGAAUUACAGGUAGGCUAAGAUGGAUGCCUAUGAUGGUCCUCAGCACCAAGUUGUGCCCGUCGGGCAUCGAAGGAACUUUCUUUGCACUCCUCAUGUGUAUCGAUAGCCUUGGUGGUUUGACAUCCAAAACAGGUGGAGGCAUGGUUCUCCAUUUUUUCCAUGUCACAAGAACUGAUUUCAGGAACUUGUGGCUGGCGGUGCUUAUAAGAAACUUGCUGAGGAUUGCCACUUUGGGUCUGAUUUUUCUUAUUCCCAAAGCAAAUCAAUCUGGUGUUUUGCUGCCGCCUGAUUUAUUGAAAUAUUCCGAUAGCGAUGAGGAGGAGAGCUUGCAACUCACAACAAUUAAUCAGAAGGAAGAUAUAUAAGAAGUCAUGAUAAGGAGAAGGCCAGGAAGGCUUCUUGAAGCAGUAAUUAGAGUAAUUGGUGCAAGGUUCUUGUACCACUAAAAAUAUGCCACUUGACACCAUGAGCUCUUUUUUGAGGGAACAGGUAGGUAUAAGCAGUUUUGAUUAAACCAAGGGAGGCUCCAUUGAAUGGUAAAUGGUGGUAGUUGGCAAAAGGUUCUAAUCCCAUUAAAAAGAUAUUACUGCACUUGAUGAUUUUUUUUUAGCAAUAUAUGUGCAUUCAUCACCUUUUUUUCCUUUUUUCUAAUGGGAUAUGAACUCUGUCAUUCACGCGAUAUAUGCUCAAGUUCAUUUGA